AGCUGACUGCCGAAAAGGACCACGACUUUGCCUGCGCUCAUGCUCACCACUUGGGCCGCCUUCGCCUGCUUUCUGGGCGCCAGGGCGAGCGCCUUCAGCGAUGAGUGCGAUGAGGAUGGCUGUGCCUUCUCAGCCUUGCAGCGGAGAGCUGCGCAGCUCUCAUCAGACUUGGAGGAAGCCUUGGAGGAGAAGUCGGUCACUGGGCCGCCGAGCUUUGCGCUCUGUGACGGCAAGAGCUACGACAAGAGUCAGGAGAACUGCUGCGGAGGCAGCCUCUACUCGCUGACCUCCCAGGGCUGCUGUGGAAACAAAAGCGUCUACACUUUUGCGCAGCAAGGCUGCUGCAACGAUGAUCACGUAUUUACCUAUGGCGUUGAGACCUGUGUGCCCACAAAGCCGGGGGUCACUCCCGACACCAGCUUCUCCUGCGCCGCAGACUGGCCACCACCCACCUACAGCGCCUACUGGCUCCGCUACUGCGCAGCGGGUAUGCACAUGGCUUGGGCCAUGACACCCUCCUGCGAUGUGGGCUGGCUCUCGGUGAAGCAGAACAGCCUGGAAGAUGCGGAGAAGAAAGCUUUGGAGGCCUGCCAGAAGAAGGCUACCGCCUACAACGGGGAGACCUGCCACGUCUUCGACCGCGACGGCGGCGCCUGCCGGCGCCAGCGUUGCGGAGACAAGAUCUACGACGCCUCCACGCAAGCCUGCUGUCAAGGGCGCAUUCAUGAUCGCGUGACUCAGGGCUGCUGCAACGGCGCGCUCUUCAAAACGCAGACUGAGGGCUGCUGCCAGGGCGAGAUCUACAUCAAGGCCCAGCAGAGCUGCUGCGGGGGGCAGACUUUGUUCGACAGCAACACCCAUGGCUGCUGCCUGGAGCGCGGAGCCCAGGUCUACCCCUUCGGCACCCACAACUGCUGCCGCCGUCCCAAAGGCACCUGCCGCAUCCGCCCGGGCCAAGCCAGCUGCUGCGCCUGACGAGACGCC